AUGUCGUCAAGACCGGCUUCACCAGACGCCUCCGAGAACACGCCCCUACUCUCUCGUCAAGACGAAGAGUCCCAAACAUCCUACAAUGACCGUCCCAACGGAACGACUACGCCCCACCCUGAAUCAAUCUCAUCGUCAGAUGGCAAGAGCAAGAAAUACGGCCGUUGGCCUACGAUAGCAGCGCUUACCAUCCUCUGCAUAGGGACUGUCAUUGCCAUCAUCGGCUUCGCUGUGCCGUCAAUAGCGCAGGAAUAUGCACAAGAAGCGCUGGUCUUCAAGCCAGAGCAGCUCUCAAUCGAUUCCUUCACUUCACUAGGUAUCAAGACGCGAUUACAAGGCGAUUUGUACUUGGACUCGUCAAAGGUGAAGAAGAAGUCGGUCAGAGAUCUUGGGAAGGUGGCGACCUGGAUUGCGCGUGAGGUCAAGAGCGGUCAAUCCAAGCUCGAAAUCUACCUCCCAGACUAUGGCGACGUCUUGCUGGGCUCUGCCACGGUCCCUUCUGUCAUCAUGAAUAUACGCCCGAACCACCACAAUCACCUGGACAUACUUGCCGACCUGGAACCUGGCGAGGUGGACGGAAUUAGGCAGAUCGCGAAAGAUUUCCUAGAUGGACACUUGAAGAACUUGAACGCCAAAGCUAUUGCCAAAGUGCCUCUGAGGAGCGGCCUCAUCAACCUCGGUACGCAGGUCGUUCAACAAUCGAUGCACUUCAGAGGCGAUGAUGUACCAGCCAAGCCACGGUACAACAUUACCAAUCUACGGUUCGCUGAAUUCGGGCACCCUGGCCACCCCAGUGGAGUUCUUGCAAAGACGACGGUCUCCGUCAAGAAUGACUAUCCAGUCAACUUCGAUGUACCGCCGUUGAAUUUCGACAUUCUACUGCCCGACUGCAAGGCCGACUACCUGCGCCUGGCCACUGCUUCAACUGCAGUCAUUCAGAUUCUCCCACGACAGAUGGUGAAUGCUUCGGUAACCGGCUUGAUCGAGCAACUCCCGACGGCACUUACUAGGGCUUGCCCGAAAUCGAGCAAUUCUCCUCUGGACAGACUCGUUGCAGAUUAUCUUGCUGGCAAGGAUGCUACAGUAUACGUCAGGGGGGGUGAUCAAGAUUCUCACCAGACGCCCGGCUGGAUUGAGAAGAUUUUGAAGGAUACUACAUUACCCUUCACCCUGCCCUCCCAUCCCUUCGACAACUUGAUCAAGAACUUCACCUUAGCAGACACACACUUUAGCCUCCCCGACCCAUUCGCUGAAGACUCCCGACCCACGAUAUCCGCAAUUGUGAAGGUUCUUGUUGGCUUACCCCAAGACAUGAAUGUCAACCUGGAUGUUGACCGAGUCCGUGCCAACGCCGACGUCUUCUACAAGGGCGAUAUCAUGGGCAAGCUAGACCUGCGAAAGUGGCAGGCCGCCAACGCCACCAAGAUGGAUGACGACCUCCUUGUUCAAUCAGUGAUCGAAAAUGCUCCGCUAGAGAUUGUUGACAACGACGUCUUUACAGAAGUCAUACAGCAGCUGAUAUUCGGUGGCAAAGGCGUCUCCCUCGAAGUCAAAGGGAAAGUUGAUGUGAAUACUGCUACAGCUCUUGGGCAAUUCAUUGUCCGCCGCAUACCAGCUCAAGGAAGCGUCUUCGUAAAGCCCAUCAACCGCAGCAGCUUCUCACGGCCUGGCAUCUCUGACAUUAAAGUGGUGGACUCCUCCCGCAAGACCCUGACCCUACAGGCUAACGCCAAUAUCAGUAACCCCACAGACUACUCGGCCCACAUCCCGCACGUGAACGUUAGCGUCGUGGUCAACGAUACACUUGUCGGCUACGCGUGGAGUGCCGCCGAUGUUGUUCCCGGCAUGAACGACAUCACUGUCUGCGCCAGGUGGGACAGCAGUGUGGUUGGAAGAGAAUGGAUCAGUCAAUUUCUCUCAGGCUACAACACCUCCCUCACAAUCAAGACCCACGAAGCCUCAAUCCCCGGCCUUCCGAACAUUGGCCUAAAUCUGACGAUCCCGGCCCCUCACGCGACCGAGGUGUUUGGAAAAUUCAUCCGUGAAGCCACCAUGCACAUCCUCUCCUCUACCACCAGCUUCGUGCUCGCCUCGCCGAUCGCCCUGGCAAUUGACGAUAUUUCCGCCUCAGCCUUCCACAACGGCACCAAGAUCGCGCAGAUCGACUACGACCUCCCAUUCGACGUGCCGCGCGGUAAAGCCGAAACGCCCAAGAUGCCUGUCGAGUGGGAACUGGACCAGUUGGGGACGGUACGAGAGGCGCUUGGUGGGAACCUCAAGCUUGAUGCAAGAGCUGAGGUUGGCGUCAGAAUCGGAAGGUGGAGUGAAAGGGUUUGGUAUGAGGGGAGAGGGAUAGGGGCCAGGGUACGGCUGUGA